UAAUCGUUCACUUUUACAGUAGCUAUUCGUGAUAGGACUUAGUAAUUCUUAGUACAUUCUUUGACAUAUCGAUAGUUUUAUACAAGAAUUAAUCAAUAAUCUUUUUGCGUUUUAUAACUACAGUACCGAUGGGGCGGAUGAUUCGUUGCUCUUCGUGAUUGUAACGUUUAAUCUAACCUUUAAAAAUUUGCGAGUCGACAGUUGACUUCAUGAACGAAAUUCUACGUUUUAGUUAAAUUUAAAGUAGAGGUCACCAUGAAAACAGUAUUAAUCGCAACGGUCAUCUUUUGUUCGCUUUUUAAUGAGGCGCUAUGUGGAGUUAAAGAUGAUUGGAACAACUUUAAAAUCAUGUACAACAAAACAUAUAAGGAUAAGUUUGAAGAAAAGAAGAGAUUUAGCGCUUUCAAGGAUAACCUGAAGGAAAUCCGCCAUCACAAUAAUCGAUAUGAGAAAGGUUUAGAAACGUAUAAGGAACGUAUAACUGUUUUUGCAGAUUUAAGUAAAAGACAAUUUGACAAAAAAUAUCAGCUAAAUAGACCUGGAGUAAUGAAUAUAUAUCCAAAAAGCUGGAGGAACCGUCAUAUAGAUAGAAAUUUAACGAAGGUCUAUGUAGAUUGGAGAAAAGAGGGUGCCGUUACCCCUGUGAAAAAUCAAGGAAUAUGUGGUUCAUGUUGGAUAUUUAGUGCAGUCGGCGUUUUAGAGAGCUACCACUUCAGAAAAACCGGAAAGCUAAUAUCCCUCAGCGAACAAAAUGUCGUCGAUUGUUUUUAUAAGAAGUCGUGUUCGGGAGGACAUCCAGAAGACGCCCUUACUUACAUACAAAAAAAUGGUGUAAGUACGGAAGCUGAAUAUCCCUAUAAAGAUAAACAGAUGGCUUGUAAACCUUCAUCUAAUAAAACAUACAUCGAUUUUAAAUCUUAUCACUAUGUAACUGGGACAGAAGGAUUAAAAAAAGCCGUGGAGGAAACAGGGCCCGUAUUAAUUGGUAUGUACGUGGACGGUAGAUUAAGGCUCUACUCAGAAGGAGUAUGGUAUAACCGAAAAUGUUCAGAAACUGUAAACCACGCAAUGGUUCUCGUGGGUUAUGGUACAGAGAACGGGGUCGAUUAUUGGCUUAUUAAAAAUUCGUGGGGCACAUUAUGGGGAGAAAAUGGCUACAUGAAAGUAGCUAGAACUAGACAUGAUAAUUAUUGUGGUCUCACUAGUCAUGCAAUUUAUUUGAUCUAAUUGUAUUGUAAAUAGUUAAAUAAAUGUUUUAGUUUUAUGUU